AUGGCGCGGAAGGCGUCAAGUAAAAAGGCGCAGCGCGAGAGAAUGAACAAGACUAUCAAGACAACGUCUCGUGCUGAAACCGACGGGGCCGGACUCGAUCAAGCUUUACUCAGCAACACUUCGUCUGCGAGUACUGCUCCUGACAAUACUACUCCUGGCGAUGGAAUUGCUGCGACGAAAGUCUUCGGCACUACUGAACUACUCGAGCAAAUCUUGUUGCUUACGGCUCAGGAUCGAAUCUCCGGACCCAACUACUUGCCCCUUAGUCACAGGCCGGCCGGCACUUUGGACCCCAGACCCCAUUUCUUUCUCCUCCAGCGCGUAAACAAAGACUUCUACGGCACCAUAAAUGGCUCGAUCAAGCUUAAGCGUCUCAUGUUUCUCGCGCCGCAUAAAAACCACCACUUACAGGCGCUGACAGCAGAUCUUCGGCUCGCGCUCCCGUACCAUGAGCCUAUCUUCUGGCUACUGCAUAAGAUAAAGGACAAGAGUAUCACCGAAGAUCUGCUAGAUUGGGAUCUCCUGCCCUACUGGCUGCCACAGGCCGAACUGGAUUCUGGCAUUCCAAGACCGACCAUUCUGAUGCAUGGAUCCGACUAUUCUCCGGUCAAAGGUCGUUUUGAAGAGGUUCUGGCGGCGCUCCCUCAAGGCUGGCUAAACCCGGAGGCUAGCUGGCGAAAGAUCAAGGUCUGCAACGCAGUAGAGGCGGUACCGCUGACACUCACAAUCGAGCAAGAUAGCUGGCGGACAGCUCUCCCUGAGGACAUCAGCAGAAUCUAUGUGCCGUGUCUGCUUCAAGGGGAGGACACCUUGGGCUACCUGUUUGACCUAUUCCACGAACUCUUCCAAGAGAGGCAUAAGCGGCGAGCGGCGACGCUGGAGAUCGAAGUGAAGCGAGAGUCGUUGGAGGAUGAGAAGUGGGACACCCAGGACGAAUGGCUGGAUAAUCUGAAGGAAGCCCGAAAGGCUGGCACUGAAAAAACCCACUACGCCAUGGUGGAAGAGCAAAAGGCCCUGUGGAUCGAACGCGAGGAUGAGAUCUUGGCAGAGGAGAAGGGACUGAAUGAAGAAUGGGAGUCGUGGAAGAGUGCAGUAUUGAGAGAGCAGGAUGAGAAGUUUCACAAGAAGCAGGGCUCGGGUACUGCACAGGAGUCGUAA